AAUAAUAAUAAUAAUAAUAAUAAUAAUAAUAAUAAUAAUAAUAAUAAUAAUAAUAAUAAUAAUAAUAAUAAUAAUAAUAAUAAUAAUAAUAAUAAUAAUAAUAAUAAUAAUAAUAAUAAUAAUAAUAAUAAUAAUAAUAAUAAUAAUAAUAAUAAUAAUAAUAAUAAUAAUAAUAAUAAUAAUAAUAAUAAUAAUAAUAAUAAUAAUAAUAAUAAUAAUAAUAAUAAUAAUAAUAAUAAUAAUAAUAAUAAUAAUAAUAAUAAUAAUAAUAAUAAUAAUAAUAAUAAUAAUAAUAAUAAUAAUAAUAAUAAUAAUAAUAAUAAUAAUAAUAAUAAUAAUAAUAAUAAUAAUAAUAAUAAUAAUAAUAAUAAUAAUAAUAAUAAUAAUAAUAAUAAUAAUAAUAAUAAUAAUAAUAAUAAUAAUAAUAAUAAUAAUAAUAAUAAUAAUAAUAAUAAUAAUAAUAAUAAUAAUAAUAAUAAUAACAAUAAUAAUAAUAAUAAUAAUAAUAAUAAUAAUAAUAAUAAUAAUAAUAAUAAUAAUAAUAAUAAUAAUAAUAAUAAUAAUAAUAAUAAUAAUAAUAAUAAUAAUAAUAAUAAUAAUAAUAAUAAUAAUAAUAAUAAUAAUAAUAAUAAUAAUAAUAAUAAUAAUAAUAAUAAUAAUAAUAAUAAUAAUAAUAAUAAUAAUAAUAAUAAUAAUAAUAAUAAUAAUAAUAAUAAUAAUAAUAAUAAUAAUAAUAAUAAUAAUAAUAAUAAUAAUAAUAAUAAUAAUAAUAAUAAUAAUAAUAAUAAUAAUAAUAAUAAUAAUAAUAAUAAUAAUAAUAAUAAUAAUAAUAAUAAU